GCUAUAAAGAGCUGACAGAACAGUAAGGAAACGGUUGAUUUACUCAACAGAAGACACAGAUGUGUUUUAUGCCUUCAAGAAAGAGAGGACAGAUACAGUAACCAGGGAAACAUAAUAAACUAUGAUUCUCCUUGUGGAUCGGACAAAAGGACAUUUUUACAUCAGGCUUAAAAAGAUGUUGCUUUAGUCCAGAACAUCGAUUCGUCUGGUCGGAAGCGGAAGAGACAGAGCUGGUAGACUAACGUUAUAGGGAGAACAUAGAAAUAACAUACCGAUAAACUAGUUGCUCAUUUUGCCAUUAAAACCUGUUCAUUAUAUUCGACAGUCGACUAUUCUGUGUCGAUCACUUUUCCGACUAGACUGAUCGUCGCUCUGUUGGUGCUCAGACCCAGCCAUGCAGGGGUUAAAGUCAGCGGUGCGGGGGUGCGGUGGUCCAUGUGUGUACGAGGCGGUGCCAGACGGAGGCUGGGGCUGGGCGGUGGCCGUGGCCUUCUUCUUCGUUGAGGUGUUUACUUACGGGACCAUCAAGUCUCUGGGGGUGUUCCUCCAAGACCUCAUGACAGAGUUUGGGGAGAGCAACAGCAGAGUAUCCUGGGUCAUCGCAAUCUGCGUCUUCAUCCUCACCUUCACAGCCCCUCUGGCCACGGUGCUCAGUAACCGGUUCGGGUACCGUCCCGUAGUGAUGUUUGGGGGUUUUCUGAUCAGUCUGGGGACCAUCAGCUCUGCUUUCGUCUCCUCCAUCAACGAGAUGUACGUCACCAUCGGCAUCGUCUCAGGUCUGGGGUACUGCCUGACCUUCCUGCCCACCAUCACCAUCCUGUCUCAGUACUUCAACAGGAGGAGGUCCCUGGUCACCGCCCUGGCCUCCUCAGGGGAGUCCUUUGCCAUGUUUGCCUUCGCUCCAGCCUUCAUGGCCUUGAAGGAGAUCAUCGGCUGGCGCCGCUGCUUCAUUGUCAUCGGUCUCAUGCAGGCCUCCCUGAUUGGCUGCGGCGCUCUGCUUCGACCAAUCCUCAUCAGACCUGACCAGGAAGUGUCCGGGGAGGUGUCCAAUAAGGAGAAGCUGUCCGUUAAGCUGCAGACGAUCUACGAGCUGGAGAAUGAGGACAGCCAGACCAACGUUAGCUCUGAGGAGUCUGAGGAGUCAGGGGAUUCCGGGGUCACCUCUCUGUCUGCCUCCAGUGCUGACCUCCGGGCCACCACAGCCACACAGGACCCCUCUGAGACCCGGGCCCUCAUGGAGGACCAGGGGGAGAAGAACCAGGGUGGACAGGCAACCCUUGGAACCCCACUGAAUCAGCUGGAGGCUGGGGAGAAAGAGCAGGGUGAGGUGGGUCCCCUUGUCCAACCCUGCAGACCUAAACUCCUAGACUUUUCGGUGUUAAACGAUGGAGCGUUCAUCUGCUACUCUCUGUUUGGCCUCUUCGCCACGCUGGGGUUCUUCGCCCCGUCACUUUACAUCAUAGAACUCAGUAAGAGCCGCGGCGUCCACCCAGAAAAGUCGGCCUACAUGCUCUCUGUAAUGGCGGUGUCCGAGGUCUGCGGGCGCCUGUCCAUCGGGGUCAUUUUAAACAAGGUGCGGAUGCGUAAGACCCAGGUGCUUCUGGGAUGUGUAGUUCUGCUGUGUCUGGUGCUGCUUGCCUUCGCCCUGGUGACUGAGUUCUGGGGCCUGGCAGCCUGCUGCUGUCUCUAUGGCUUCCUGAUGGGCACUGUGGGUUCUACACACAUCCCCAUGCUGGCAGAGGAUUACGUGGUGGGCAUAGAGAGGAUGCCCUCGUCCGUGGGGGUCUAUAUGUGUAUCCAGAGCUUUGCUGGGCUGGCCGGACCACCGCUGGCGGGCCUGUUGGUGGACAAGACCCAGAACUAUGGCUCAGCCUUCUACUCCUGUGCUGUGGGAAUGGGCCUGGGCGCCAUCUUCCUCGCCAUGGUGGGGCCUGCCAAGUCUGGCCUCUGCCACCGCGGGAAGACGAGAAAACAGGAGGAGGAGGAAGGAGAGGAGGAGGAAGGAGAGGAGGAGAGAGGAGAAGAGGAGGAGGAGAAGGUUUCUCAGGACAGUGGAUCAACUGAUUAUCUAGAUGUUGAUCUGGUUGUGGAGACCAGUCCGGCUAAAUGGUCCCCAGAACAGGAGACCAACGUGGUCUGAACGUGGUCUGAAUAGUUAAGAACACAACCAGGUCUCUGGUAAAACAAGUCUUCUGAACUCAACGACCUGGUUCAAUAAUGGUUCAAUAAAGGUUCAAUAAAGGUUCAAUGAAGAAAUACAUGACGGCGUUUUGCCGACCGCCACCUCACUGACCGACCAAUGAGAACCUCGACCACUAGAUACUCACAGGUGGUUAGAAUGGAGAACAAACACCCAACCAUCUAGCAAGUAAGAGAACACACACACUGUCAACAUGCUACUGAGAGCUGGACUAACACCUCUGUGGUACAGAAUGUAUACACACACACACACACACACACACACACACACACACACACACACACACACACACACACACACACACACUGUCAACAUGCUACUGAGAGCUGGACAAACACCUCUGUGGUACAGUGUACACACACACACACACACACACACACACACACACACUGUCAACAUGCUACUGAGGGACUGAGUGCUGGACAAACACCUCUGUGGUACAGAAUGUACACACACACACACACACACACACACACACACACACACACACUGUCAACAUGCUACUGAGGGACUGAGAGCUGGUCUAAGACCUCUGUGGUACAGAAUGUACACACACACACACACUGUCAACAUGCUACUGAGUGCUGGACAAACACCUCCGUGGUACAGAAUGUAUACACACACACACACACACAGCUUUGACCUGUUUACCCUCUGAGAUGUCGUUCACAUACACUUGAAUUGCAGCGAACAACGGUCUUCGGUGAAUUCCUAUUGACCACGUCUCUCUCCUCAGAGUCAACCAAACUCCAUGCAUGGCUGAGACACAGGCUUUUAACAUGAUUACCGCUCUGUCAGUAGUUGAUAUAACCAUGAUAUGACCCCUCUGUUCAUAGUUAUAACCAUGAUAUGACCCCUCUGUUCAUAGUUAUAACCAUGAUAUUACCUUUCUGUUCAUAGUUAUAACCAUGAUAUGACGCCUCUGUUCAGUUAUAACCAUGAUAUGACCUCUCGGGUUCAUAGUUAUAACCAUGAUAUGACAUCUGUUCAGUUAUAACCAUGACAUGACCUCUCUGUUCAUAGUUAUAACCAUGAUAUGACACCUCUGUUCAGUUAUAACCAUGAUAUGACCUCUCGGGUUCAUAGUUAUAGCCAUGAUAUGACCUUUCUGUUCAUAGUUAUAACCAUGAUAUGACACCUGUUCAGUUAUAACCAUGAUAUGACCUCUCUGUUCAUAGUUAUAACCAUGAUGUGACCUCUCGGGUUCAUAGUUAUAACCAUGAUAUGACAUCUGUUCAGUUAUAUCCAUGAUAUGACCUCUCGGGUUCAUAGUUAUAGCCAUGAUAUGACCUCCCGGGUUCAUAGUUAUAACCAUGAUAUGACAUCUGUUCAGUUAUAUCCGUGACAUGACCUCUCUUUUUAUAGUUCUAACCAUGAUGACUGUUUCUCAGUCUCAAACCCUCAGUUGAUGCCAAAGGCCUGGUAGUAACAGGCCAAGUCCCGUCUUUAUAUUGAUGACUAUUAUUAUGGUUGAAUCUGAAUGACUACUGUUAUCCAAACACAAGACCACCACAGUAUUCUGCACAGCCUGUACACAAUAUGUUUUCCUCAACAGUCUACUUCAUGUACCUAUGUGAUAUAAAAGUACCAAAUACGACUGUAGGUGAAACUAAGAUGUAUGGAUUACAGUGUGAAUGACUAGCUGUUUCAAUUAUGUGGAUCACGACUUUACCUGUCAGUCAAUCAAACAAACAAUCAAAGCUUUUAUUUAUAUUGUGUUUAUUUUAAAAAUAUAUAUAAAUGCAUUUGAAGUGCUUGCAGCCAGCCAAGGCCACAGUGACAAGACACAGCUUCCUAGGUAGGUAGAGGUGGAGAUUCGACUACAAAAUAAUUGAUUCCUCGACUCCUUGAUCGUCGACUCCAAAUCAUCCUGGAGUCUUUCACUACUAUAUAGGUAGGUAAAAACGAUGAGACAAGGAGAGGGGCCGAUCUCCCUCAGACUGGCCUAAAUGCCCUACCCAAAGACUGUGUCACUCAGACCUCUUGCACUGAGAUGCAGGGUCUUAGACCACUGGGCCACUGGGGAAUUUCUAUCAUCUCUGCUGUAACACUCACUGCUGAUCAGCUUUUUUAAUUGAUUAAAUUGAUUUGUUUAUAACAAAUGAACUUUGAACACGU